AUGGCCCCAAUUCGUUACAGUCUUCAUUAUGAAGACUAUUCGGAGCACCUAAUGUCUAGAUUUGGCAAGCUUUUGCAAAUGCAAUCAUUGGUAGAUAUGACACUUAUGUGUAGUUCUCAUACUUUGAGAGUUCACAAAGCUGUACUUGCUGCAAGUAGUGCUUAUUUUCAGGAAGUACUACAAAAACAAACAGGAGAACCAUUGAUAAUUUUGAAAAUGCGAUUCAGUGUGUUGAAAUGUCUUGUUGAAUUUAUGUAUUGUGGCAAAACGCAGUGUCUAGAAGAAAAUCUUGAUGAAUUAGUUUCUGCCGCGCAGUUCUUAAAAAUAAAAGGAUUGUCAAAAGUUACUAAAGAAGGGCUUGGAAUCACGAGCCAUGGAGAUCUCCCGGUAUUUACUCCUCCAGUGGUAAUAAACAGACCUCCGCAGUCAUUCAUAGAUCUGCACACUCAGGAUAGUGAACCGAAACCCUUCGCGCCGCCGCAGUUGCCUGCUGCUGCUGGCGCGAAUCAGCCCGUGGAUUCGAUGGGCAGACCUAACAAGGACAUGGUGGUGCGGAUACCAUUCGACAUAGAAAAUGGCGGCGGAGCUGGUGCCGCCGGCCCGGACUACCCAGGUGGACUUCGAGCCAUCAGACCUAGAAGGGGACGCCCUAGUGUUAAGCGCUCUGGUUCCGGCUGGGACGGGACGGGAGCCCUAGGUCGUGCCGCCGAGCGCGCCCUACUGCGACGCGAACAAGAUUCACGCAAGGCCAUUCAUCAACUAAAACACUUGCAGACCAGACAUUUGCAGGAUUACAUGGAUAGGGUUACUCUGUCUCAAGCAGUGAACAGCAUCUGUGGCCCUGAAACAGCAGGAUCCCAGAAUUACAUGAAUAUCUCCAAUGAUCUCAUGUAUACUGACCAGUCUUCCAAUGUACUCGAACCUACUGCAUAUACCAAAGACGGAAUGGGAAGUGAAACCACACCAUCGAGUUUCACCAACUCAGCUUGCAGUUCUGCCAAUGACGGUAAUACUGGUAUCAGUAGCGCUAUGUCGCAAUACGUUAAUGCGUUGAAGAGUGCUGGACUUCCUACAGAUCUACCAAUCCUUUUCGAAUCUGGUGAUGGAUCUUACAUUAACGUCAAUGAACAAGUCUUGUUAGACAUGGUCCAAAGCAGCGAAAUUCAAUAUGAAGUAAUAGAACAACCAAAUAUAAUAGAAAAAGUAGCAGAUCCAAGCGAAAUUAAGAGUAUCGAUGACCUAUCGAAGUCAAUAGAAAGAGGAGAAAUGAUGCUCGGUGCAAAAAAUUACUCGGACAACUACCCCAAAGAUUCAACGCAGUUUAGUCAAGAAGACGCCAUAAACAGCCUUAAUGCUAUCUUACCUGACAACUUAGAAUCGUUUGGAGAACAACAGAACUAUGUAGUUAUGGAUUCACGUCUACAGGAGAGUAAUAACACUCUGGACAAUAUGAAUACACACGAUUUGUCUUGCAUUGACGGUGAUAUGCAAUUCUUUACUAAGUCAAUGAGCGAUGACAUAAAAAAAUACUAUGAAGAUCAACAAUUAAAUGAAUCUAGGGUAAAUGAGCAACUGUGCCCUACUAGCACUGCUUUGGACACAAAUUUUAAUAUAUCUCUGUUAGAUACAAAGAGUGCCCUUAACACAAAUCAGUUCAACUCUUUGAAUACAGAUGACCUCAGACGAAAUGAAGAUUGUUACGAUUUCGGUCUACAGCUUCCACAAAGCACGGAUUUUAAAGAAGAUGCAUUGGAUUGUUUGAUAUCUCCAAAACGGAAUGAUGAAAAUACUGAUUAUAACGCUACGCAGCUUGAUAAAAAUACAAAAGAAAGAGACGAUAUCAUAAAAGAUUUAAUGAACAUUGAGGACAGAUUGAACGUCAUACAGAAUAAUUCUAGUGAUGAUGAUGUAAAUAAGUAUGGAACGAGCGCUAAUGUACAAGACUUUAAUGCCGCGAUAGAGUUUACUAAUAAUGAAAAUGUGUGUAGCGAAAAAGGAAAGACCGAUAUGGAAAUGAGUUCCAAUAGUUUACAAUGGCAUAAUAUAGAUAUUAGUGAUAAGGAAAACGAAAAUGUGGCGAAUGAAAAUACGCGAAAUAAUAAGUCAAAUAGCAAUAAUCAUGAAGAUAAUGAUGCACAAUCCGGAUUCGAUGAUUCUGUCAUAGAUUUGACUGAUCAAAUGAAAGUAAAAGAUCAAUGGGGAGAAAUUCUUAAUGAAAAUGAAACCAUUAAUGAUGAGAAUGAACCUCUCGAAGCGACUGAUAAUGCUACUUCAACUUUAGAAGAAGAUAUUCCUUUUGCGGUGGGGUUACUUCCCCUGAAACAAGUUCCACCAACAGAAAGUAGUAGUUUAUUAAAAAGAAAAAGUUCAAUUGACAUGGAGGUGUUCGACACAAUUAAUGCUAAAUGUUUAAAACGUAAAGUUAAAUAUAAGAAUAUGUAA